AUGGCAGCAAUUGUCAGCUUCGAUUUUCAAAAUUGUUUCAUCUUAUCCCUCUUCUGCCUAUUCUUAAGCUACUUUCUCCUUAUCUUCUUCUUCAAGAAACCAAAGAAUGGCUUUGAUCUGCCUCCAAGCCCUCCCUCUCUUCCAAUCAUUGGUCAUCUUCACCUUCUCCUCUCAGCUCCAAUCCACAAGUGUUUUCACAACAUCUCAUCCAAGUACGGACCUUUCCUCCAUCUUCACAUCUUUAACGUCCCCGUCGUUCUCGUCUCCUCUGCCUCAAUGGCCUACGAAAUCUUCAAGGCCCAUGACAUGUACAUCUCCUUUCGUGGCGAUGUUGCCAUCGAUGAGUGCGUCGUGUUUGGUUCUUUUGGCUUCCUCAGAGCUCCCUAUGGAGGUUACUGGAAGGUCGUAAAGAAGAUCAUCACUACCAAAGGGAUCGGACCUCAGGCCCUGGAGCGGUCACUAGGCGUUCGUGAAGUUGAGCUAGAGAGGUUCCACAAGAAUCUUCUUGAUAAAGCGAAAAAGGAAGAGAGCAUCGAGUUCGGUGAAGAAGCGAUGAGACUCGUUAACAACACUCUCGGAAAGUUGAGCAUGGGAAGUAGUUUUUCAGUGGAGGACAACGACGGUGAAAAAGUCUCGGAGUUCACUGUGAAGUUAGCUGCGUUGUCCCCAUUGUUCUUUGUGGCACAAAUAUUCAAUAAGCCGCUUGAGAAGCUUGGGAUCACACUGUUGAAAUGGGAGAUAAUGAAGGUUUCAGAAAGAUUCGAGGAGCUUCUUGAAAACAUUCUUGUGAGAUACGAAACGAAAAUGGACGACCAUCAAGGUACUGAAUUUAUGGAUACAUUGUUGGCAGCUCAUCGAGACGAAAAUGCUGAAUAUAAGAUCACCAGGAAAAAUAUCAAGGCCUUAUUCGCGGAGCUUUUCUUUGGAGCUGGUGACACCUCUUCUUCAACAACAAGGUGGGCAAUGGCAGAAGUUCUCAACAACCCUAAGAUCAUUGAGAGGUUGAGAGAAGAAAUAGAUUCGGUGGUAGGGACAACAAGGUUUGUUCAAGAAACCGAUUUACCAAAACUCCCUUACUUGCAAGCGGUCGUGAAGGAGACUCUAAGAUUGCACCCGGUGGCGCCAGUUUUGUCAAGGGAAUUUGAAAAAGGGUGUACGAUCGGAGGGUUCUACAUACCAAAGGGCACAUCACUUGUUAUUAACGCUUAUGCUCUGAUGAGAGAUCCUGGUUUUUGGGAAGAUCCUAAUGAGUUUAAGCCAGAAAGGUUUUUAACUUGUGCAAGAACAAGGCAAGAGGAGGAGAGAAGAGAACAAGCACUCAAGUAUCUUCCUUUUGGAAGUGGAAGGAGAGGUUGUCCUGGAUCAAGUUUAGCUUAUAUCUUAGUAGGAACCGCUGUUGGAGUGAUGGUGCAAUGCUUUGACUGGGAUAUCAAAGGAGAUAAUAAAGUCAACUUGGAAGAAGCUUUUGGAUUGAGAUUCUUCUCUUCUUUGGCUCAUCCUCUUCAGUGCACUCCUUGUCCUCGGAUCAUAAACUUUUUACCUUCUGAUACGCCGCCGAUUCCAUGUUUGUGA